AUGGAGGAUAGGCUGGCAGGCAUUGAGGGAGUGUUGUCAAGCGCAUUUCUGGACACCAACCACGCGCUGUCGGAUCUUCAGCACAGCCAGAUAUUAACGAAAUGGUCUCACGACGCCGGCUCUGAUAUGACUCUUGUCAAAGGCUCUUUCCAGUCGCGACUAGUUGUGAGAGAUUUUGCGAUUGGCGUCAUAGAACAGCUCCAGACGGCCCAAGUUCCCGUUCUUUGGGUGCUUAAGAGCCCUCGUGCUACGGAAGAGGAAGGGGUGCGUAUGACGCCGGUUGAGCUACUUGAGCAUCUCAGCGCACAAGCUAUUAGCCAGAAUCCCACCUUGCGUUCCGAAAAGGGGAUGGCUUUGAGCUGCAAACAAGUGAUGUCGGCGAAGACAGAGCGCGAGUGGUUCCAAGUCCUAGAAGCUGCGCUGGAUGGUCUGGGUCCACACGUCUAUCUCGUCAUCGACCUCGACGCGGUGGGUCGUCAGCCCCGGUCCUCGCUCGACUUCAACCUAUACGGCUAUUUUAUGGCAUAUUUCGAGUCCCGAUUAAGUCGCGGACUACAGGGACGUGUCAAGGUACUACUUACGAGUUGCUUAGCUGGCAUGACGGCAGCUGGUGUGAGCGAAGAACUUGCUCAGGAGAAAACGGUCCGUGUGAAGUGCCAAGGUGGUCGAAAAAGUGGAGACGAAGGGCCGGACGAUCCGGAUUCCAGGUUCGGGUGGGGAAACCUCGGCCCCGGGCGGGAGUGGCACCGGGACGCGAUGACUAACAAUGAUGAGGGCUAG